GUUUCGCGUUCGCAGUCGCGAGUAGUCGUGGAAUCACACGUCGUCGAACGUAUCAUCGCGCGAGGUAGAACGGCGUCGGCCUGUGCCACUGCGUUUAGUUAGCGGGUUUGUGCGAGUUGUGCGGUCGUGCUCACAGGGUGUGUUUGGUGUGCCCGUGUGUGCGGAAAAGUACGCCACGCGAAUUGUGCCAGUGUGCGCGUUCCGGAAUUUUACCAUCCAGGCAGUCAAAUACCACGUUUAUCGCUUCGCAUACGUAAGACAUAAAGGACAUUGUGUCGUGUAAUCAUGGCGCCAAAAUCGAUGAACGUCCGCGUGACGACGAUGGACGCCGAGCUGGAGUUUGCCAUCCAGGCGACCACCACCGGCAAGCAGCUCUUCGAUCAAGUCGUCAAAACCAUCGGAUUGCGUGAGGUUUGGUUCUUUGGGCUGCAAUACACCGAUUCCAAGGGUGAUUUGACUUGGUUGAAGCUGUGGAAGAAGGUGAUGAGCCAAAAUGUAAAGAAGGAAAACCCACUGCAGUUCAAAUUCCGCGCCAAGUUUUACCCGGAGGACGUCAGCGAGGAGCUCAUCCAAGACAUCACGCUGCGCCUCUUCUAUCUGCAGGUGAAGAACGGCAUCCUCUCGGACGAGAUCUACUGCCCGCCCGAGACGUCCGUCCUACUCGCCUCCUACGCCGUGCAGGCCAGACACGGCGACUACAACAAAGCGCUGCACACGCCCGGCUUCCUCGCCAACGAUAAAUUAUUGCCACAGAGAGUUAUGGAUCAACAUAAAAUGUCGAAAGAGGAGUGGGAGCAGAGUAUUACAACAUGGUGGUCGGAGCAUCGCGGGAUGCUGCGCGAGGACUCCAUGAUGGAGUACUUGAAAAUUGCGCAGGAUUUGGAAAUGUACGGUGUGAAUUAUUUCGAUAUACGUAACAAGAAAGGCACUGAGCUUUUCCUUGGAGUCGACGCGCUUGGUUUGAAUAUUUACGGCAAAGAUGACAAGUUAACGCCGAAAAUUGGUUUCCCCUGGUCGGAAAUCCGUAACAUCUCCUACAGCGAGCGUAAAUUCAUCAUCAAACCGAUUGACAAGAAAGCGCCGGAUUUCAUGACGAUCGCGUCGAGCGUGCGCGUCAACAAGCGCAUCCUCGCCCUCUGUAUGGGCAACCAUGAGCUAUACAUGCGCCGCCGCAAGCCGGACACCAUUGACGUGCAGCAGAUGAAGGCGCAAGCGCGCGAAGAGAAACUCGCCAAGCAGCAGCAACGCGAAAAGCUCCAAUUAGAAAUUGCAGCGCGUGAGAAAGCCGAGAAAAAACAGCAGGAGUACGAGGAUCGCAUCAAGGCGAUGCAGGAGGAGAUGGAGCGCAGUCAGGCUCAUCUAAUGGAAGCGCAAGAGAUGAUUCGUCGUCUUGAAGAGCAACUCAAACAACUGCAAGCCGCCAAGGAAGAAUUGGAAAAGCGGCAGAACGAGCUGCAGCACAUGAUGGAACGCCUCGAAGAAUCCAAGAACAUGGAAGCAGCGGAAAGGCAGAAACUCGAGGACGAAAUCAAAGCCAAACAGGUGGAGGUACAGCGCAUCCGCGAAGAAGUCGAGGUUAAAGACAGCGAAACAAAACGUCUACAAGAAGAGGUUGAGAAUGCUAGGCGCAAAGAGGAGGAAUUACGAGAGAAACAGAUGGCUAAUGCCGCUAAAGGACACUUGGAGGAGAAUCAACACGAUGAGGAUGAAGAUGAGAUUGUCAAUGGCGAUCUCAUCAGUAAGGAGUUGUACACCGAUGAGAACAUCAUCGAUCCGGUUAAAGAUCGUCGUACACUCGCCGAACGCAACGAACAUCUACAGGAUCAAUUACUCGCGCUCAAACAGGACCUUGCGCAGACGCGUGACGAGUCCAAGGAAACGCUCAUGGACAGAAUACACAGAGAAAAUGUCCGCCAGGGGCGCGACAAGUACAAGACGUUAAGGGAGAUCCGCAAGGGCAACACAAAACGCCGCGUCGACCAGUUUGAGAACAUGUAAAUGUUCAACGAGAUGACAAUCCACACACAACUAGUACACCAACCUACUACGCGAACAUUAUUUUUUUGAAACGAAAGCAAAUAAUUUUUAUCCUGUUUAGUAUUUUCUAAGGAUUACUACUACUCUGCAAGCAUGUCUUUUUCUAUAUUGAUAUAUAUAGAGCAGUGAGGUUAGAUAGGCAGCCAGUUAACCUCACGCGCACUCCACGUAUUUAACUAAAAACAAAUCUAACCUAUUUCGAACAACUUAAUGCUCAAUACGAAGUUGUAACACACGCAAACACCGCGCGAAACUUAAUUAUUACAAUAAUUGCAUUCGAUUGCAUACCUACUCCAAUUAGAAAUUAACUUUAACCAUUUGAUACUACACUUAUUAUAUACAUAUACAUAUUGCAUCAAUUACUAUGUGGAACUAUUUUUAUAUGUGUAUCUGCUGUAAGAUAUCGAUAGGAAAAUUGCCUGUGCCUAUUAAGUGACCUUAAAACACGAGCAGCGGGAGCGUUAGUUAACAUGUUAGCAAUGAAUGAAGUUUUUGGUUUGAUCGAAUCAAAAUUUAUGAAACACGAGAAUGAUCUAGAGAAGAAGCAUUCCACUAUCUAAGUUAGUGCCAUCAUUACUUACAAUCUAAAGUGAAGAUCUUAAACACACUGCAACUGGCAACGAAAACAUUGCGUCUAUGUUUUUGUUGUUGAUUUUUUUUUGGGGGGGAAAUUAAUUUCGGUUGGUGCUUCCAUUUUAUUAGGUUUUUUUUUGUUUGAAUUUUGAAUACUUAUCCAUGUUUCUUUGUAAAUAUAGCAUAUUUCGCAUUGCGUUCGAAAAAACUCCACACACAACUCGUCGAAAACGAUAGCAAAAUCCAAUCAUGUGUACAUAGGAAAUUAAUUACUAACCAACACAAUUAGUUAACUCGUUAUGUGUCGAAAUUCUAAACUGUUAUGUUAUUGAUUAUUAAUGUUUUUUCAUCAUGUAGCAUCGAAGCGAUAUCGAAUUUCUGAGCGCAAGCAUAUUUUCUAUAUAAGUGUACGUCCGAAUCGUUGUUCGGAUACUUUAAUUUAUUAUUAUCAAGUGAAGAGACUAUAAACAUCUCCAUUCUCCGGCAUUGACACGACUGUUUGUUACAGUGUUGAUUGUGGUUGACACACCAGUUUGUUUCACACCUCUGAACGAUGAAGGAUUAUUGUGGUAUGGGGGGCACAUAAAGAUUUAUUAUCCUUUGUAUUUUUACAAUUGUUGUUCACGUAGUCAAUUAUACAAGCACGUGUAGCGGCGAGUGCAGGAAAAUCACACACACAUAACACUUGAAACACUACUACUACUUCCAUUUCGUUUUUGUGAGCGUCGAUAUUUAUGUUUUCUGGCAUUUACGAUAUUUUUGUCAUUAUAUUUCGAUUGGUAUUAGCGCACGAGAUUAAUGGAGGGCAAAAGCCGAUGCAAGUGGCAUUGUUAUUUUUAACGUCAUUGGCUUAUUGAAUCGAGAAAGUAUUUACAACUUUACGGAAAUUGUACUGGCAUAACAUACAUUUGAUUGUAAAAUUUUUGUUUAUUUGAUUUUUUUCUUUGUAUUUCCUAGGGUAUUAAUACAAUAAUAUUAAAACAA